CUCGGACAGCACUCAAAUGCCUAAAACCUAUUUGGGAUAUGGAAUCAGAUCGGUUGUCAGUAGCUGCUCAGUUUCUGCGGCUGUAUUCAAGUUGUUCACAUAUUAAAAUAGACAACCAUGUUCAGGUCACACACCUUGCAGUUUUUCAUCACUAUCCCCGUAUUUUGGAGUAUUUUCGCAAUUUUAGUAUUUUAAUGCACCAAUGUAACCUCAAGAACUAGACCCGGAAUGUUUUCAAAAAAUCUACGACGCACCCUCAUAACCCACCUCCGAUUCACUAACAGGAAGCAAAAACAAAUUAAAUAAUGGAACUCGUUGAAAUGUUUGAUCUGGUAAGGAGUCAUCCCAUCCUGGCCACCGUCACCAUGUUUGCCGGCACCGCCUUAGCCUCGGAGCUACUAUGGAAAGCAAUCCAAUACGCGCGAAGGCACACGCGACGCCGCCGUGUCCACGAGGUUCUCUUCUUCAACGAACUGGGGGAAGUUUGUUUAGACCAUCAUCGUGGCAAGUCCUUCACAAAUACAAAUGAUUGCCGUAACUCUCACUGCAGCUUGAGGAGCUUGGAGAAGAUUGCUGUGCUUAUGGAUGAGGCUCAAUACUCCAUUGAUAUAGCCAUUUACACAUUUACUUCGAACACUUUAUGGUUGGCCCUGAAGCGAGCGCUGCAGCGAGGAGUAUCCAUUCGUGUGAUCAGCGAUCGCGAAAUGGUUUAUUGUAACAGCUCGAAGAUACAGGAGAUGGCUGCCUUCGGUGUACCUGUGCGCGGACCAUUCAAAACCAAUCUCAUAAUGCACCAUAAGUUCUGUGUGAUUGAUGGCCUGGCUCGGGUGCAAGAGAUUCUGCAAGUGAAGCAACGAAAGUGGCCGAGACCAUACGAAAGUGUGCUGAUAAGCGGCUCCGUUAACUGGACAAACACGGGAUUCGGUGCUAACUACGAGAACUGCACAAUUAGCUCAGACGAGAUUUUGACUCGUCAAUACCAGGAGGAGUUCAAUCGUAUGUGGAAGUUCUUUGCGGACACGGCAGAAAAGUUCCUCAAAAGCUGCGUAGAGAAGAGCGAAUAAGCAGUGCUAAGCACGCAUACAGACAACAAGCAAAACGGCACAUUGCAAUGCAUUGGUAUUGGUACGAAUCACUGUAAUGCAAGUGUUGGUGAACGGCAGAGCAUUUUUUUCUUUUCUUUAACUGAUAUCUGACAAUUAUCAAAUGUUCCUUAUAAUUCGUAUAGAUCCUACUUUAAGUUUAACAAUUACAAAGACUACAAUGAAUUUUUAAACUA